CUCGGCACAUUGGCCACUCGUGGGUAAAGGUCGCCGGAACAUCGUUGAGAAAGCAAACACUCGUCUUAAAAAUCAUGAAUAAAGUGGACCUGUUAAUAAUACAGCGUUCGUAUUAAGUCGAAAUAAACGAUGGACGUGUCACGGUAUCACCAUCUAUCACCGCCGUUUCCCACUUUCAUACCAAACCCAAUUUCGUAGAGCUUCAGACUGGCGUGAUUGAGGAAGAACAGUUUUACUGUUGAAGUGAACAUGUGACAAGAUUGAAAACAAAUGGUACUGGUUCCAUCGUAAAACAAGACAAGCCUGACGAUAUGCCAAGAUGCUGCACAAACCUACUGAAAAUCUUUCACCGACAGAACUAAGUUUGAUGAUAACCUCGUGUAGAAUAAGAGUGCAAUGGUGAUGUAGCCGAGGCUUCUUCAAAGACACUGCAAUGGCUGAACGAUCCUGACGAACAUCUUAUACGAUACUUCUGAAGGAAACAUGGAGGAAAUAAUCAUUGGCUUUUAUAUUUUCUAGAUUUACUUAAAUAAUAUAAUUCAGUGAACGAGGUCGGGUUCGUGCAGAGACAUGAUCCAGUCUAUAAAUCAAGGGUUCCAGAAAAAAAGACGCGGGCGUCUGUGUAAAGAUUAUUCCAGGAACAACAUAGAAGAUGAGAAUGAGUGUAAAAAUAUGGACUAAGAAACUAAGAUCAGGAAAUGAUUAUAUGAACUUCAUCAAAGAUACCUCGAGAUUAAACAAAAAGAGGAUGCCGUUAUUGGUAUUACCUGGUCCUCCAGGUCUCUACAAACGGAAGUAAAUAUAUAUUGGACAAUAAUGUAGAAAGAGCUGAUCGUGAGGGACUGUCAAAAGUAUUAUUCAUAGGGCCUAGCAAGAUACUCGUCAGUGACAAUGCUCACCAGGCCGACACUUCGUUUAGGUGCACUCCGCAUUGGAAGAAUUUUAUCAUGUAAGUCAAGGUUUUGGCCCUCCCUUGCUCUGGUGACUAUCGUGCUUUAUCUCAUUGGAUCAUUGUCAUUCAUGCUUCAGGACAAAUCUCUAUCAAGUCUAGGCUUUGUACAUAGUUCCGAUACAAAGCUCAGGGAACUUCUGGAUUUACCAAGUCUUAGGGACCAACCACUGUCGUCUUGCAAAGCUAAGAUUGAGGUGAUUGACGAUCAGGCUUUAGGAGACGGUUGCUUCUUCCGUGAUCGUAUACAGUGCGACGGCAUGCCGACAAUCAAUUCCGCUUUCGUAGACGUGGUCGAUAGGAACGUCGUGUUUAUCGGCACUCACUUUCAGAAUGAUUCGUGGAUCAACGAUACUUUCCUUUGCGAAUUUCCCGAUGGCAAUGUAUCGAUGGUAGAUCCUUUGAUUGUUGAUGAUCGCAGCAUGGGUGCACAGCCGCAGUAUGUCUUCGUCAUGACCUGCCCGGUCCCGGCAAUCUACUUCACCUCUUUCUUACCGCAUGAUCUUCCAGCCAAGCUUGAGGUGGACCUCACCAAACUCUCAACUCCGGUUCAAAGCUAUCGCAACAUACCACUCUGUAAAGCCGGAUGGAAUAAAGUCCAUUAUGUAUCCAUUUGUACGAUGGUCAAUAACGUUGAUGAAUACUUUGAAGAUUGGUUGUUGUAUUACCGUUACAUGGGGAUCGACCAUGUGUAUGUGUAUGACAAUUCUAAAGAUGGAACAUUGGUAGGAGUUCUCGAUCGCUUCAUCAGCCUUGGGUUCGUCACCAUAAUCCCUUGGGCGCAUACUUUCACACCGACAAAGACAUACCUCGAGGUCCAAAUCGCUCAUGAAAACGACUGCCUUUGGCGACAUCGACACGACACGGACUGGAUCCUUAAAAUCGACGUCGAUGAAUUUAUGCAGCCGAUGUUCGAGGCACCCACCAGACUGGUCGAUUUCCUGCACGGGUUUGAAGAAAAGCUACCGCCAUCGGUGGGCAUCGUCCGCGUUCGGAACUGGUUCUUUUCGCGUCCGUCGUCGAACGUUAGCAAGGCGAUCAUGUCGGGAAAUUCUGUCAUCGAGAGAAAUCCUUGGCGGAGUCCCGAACCGACUCGAGAAGGGCGUGGUCGCGAAAAGUGUUUCAUCCGUCCCCAAUGGGUGCAUUACUUCAAGAUACACGCCAUGAAACUCGGCGGUGACAGUGUGACUUUGAAUCCCUAUACUGAAAUACGACUUGCACAUUACAGAAGUGAGAAUCCAAGGCAUCGAAAUUUUCACAUUCACAAAUUCAUCCCGGAUGAUAGCAUGGUGAAAUUAUGGAAGGCAAUAAAUAGAUGGGUCCUUUUCACCAAGGACAGGGUAGUUGUCUACGGUUAUAGGAAACACAGAUAUAUAACAUGAUCAAUUCGGUCACUUCUAAGGGUAAG